UUUUCUUUUUUUUCUGUUCCUUAUUUUUUUUUUUAUUUUUUUUUUUAUCUUUUUGGCAUUAUAGUUAUCAACCAUAUCAUUCAUUGCUUGCUAGAAUAGCUUUCCAUUAAAAUACGAAUAUGACUGUAACAGCAGAUAGAUAUACACCUCCUUCACCUGGAUCAAAAAUUAUUGUGGUUGGCGGCGGCUGUUUCGGUCUAUCAACUGCUUAUGCUCUUGCUUUGAAAAAGCAAUAUCAGAUCACUGUUUUUGAUAGACAACCAAUUCCAAGUCCCGAUGCUGCCUCGACAGAUAUCAAUAAAAUUGUACGCAUGGACUAUGCUAAUGAUACACUGUAUAUGCAUUUGGCAGUGGAGGCCUUUGGAUUGUGGGAUCAAUGGAAUAAAGAAAGAGCUAAGAAAAAUUUAGAACCUGUAUUUCAUCAGAACGGCGUUUUAUUAUUGAGCGGUAAAGACAAACUCUCAGACUUUGAAAGGAAUUCAAUUCGCAAUAUUCGUGAGGCUGGAUAUGGUCAUUUUAUAGAAGAGUACAAAUGUCCAGAGGAGAUUAUAGAGAGAUUUCCCGCCUUUGAAAAGGCUGUCAAGAAGGGUUAUAACACAGGCUAUUUGAACAAAGCCGGAGGAUGGUGUAACUCGUCGGAGGCUGUGAAGCACAUUUAUAAUAAAUGUAUUGAAGAAGGCGUUCAAUUUGUUAUAGGAGAACAAAAAGGGUGUCUGGAUAAAGUGCACUGCGAUACAAAAAAUCCUAAUACAGUGGUGGGCAUAAAGACAAAAGAUGGGCAAACACACUAUGGUGAUCUAGUGCUGCUAACCACAGGAUCAUGGACAGCUGGACUCGUGGAUAUGCAUAACCAGGUUGUUGCAACAGGUCAACAAGUUAUUCAUUUUCAACCACCUGAGAACCUUCGUCGGUUAUGGGAAAAACUUCCUGUAUGGUUAGGAGAUAUAUCAAACACAGGGUUUUAUGGAUUCCCUUGCAAUGCUGAUGGAAAGUUGAAGGUGGGAAGACAUCAUAGCGGGUAUCUACAUCCUCGGGUAGAGGAUCAAGUUUCGGUACCUCGGACACAAGUAACAAACGCAACAGAUACCAUCCCUAUUUCUACUCUACGUGAAUUUCGUGAGUUUUUGGAUCACUUUUUACCCGAAACGACAAAUCUUGAUAUAACGUUUGCGAGAAUGUGCUGGUAUUCUGACUCUAUCGAUGGGGAUUUUGUUAUUGGACCACAUCCUCAAUUCAAAAAUAUGAUUGUUGCAUGUGGCGAUUCUGGACACGCAAUGAAGUUUAUUCCUGUCAUUGGUUUCAAAAUAAGAGAAAUAGUGGAAGGUAGAGAUACCGAAUAUAGCCAUGCAUGGGCUUGGAGAAAUAUGGACGCAAAAGAUACAAAACUAGACGGCAUUCGUGCCGACUCAUUACUUCAAAGAGUGGUUCUAUGUGAACCUAAUAAUGACGAAGCAAGAAUGGCAACUGAAGGUGAAUUCAAGGCACACUAUUUCAGUUCACUAGCUCCACAAAAAUCCAAACUGUAACCAUCAUAAACUUUACUUGGAUAUCACUGGUUGAUAUUCUCUUUAGCAUCGAUACGCUUUUUAAUAAAACUCAACAUACUAGGC